UUAUACAACCAGGACAAAGAAACAAAGACUAAAAAAAAAUAUUCCAAUUUUUCCUCACCAUAACUCCCAUUACGGUUCCCAGCCCCAAAAUCACUGAUCGAUUUCGUGCUCAAACUAUUUUAUUGCGCUGAUUCGAAGUCAAAUUCGCCACAGUUCUGAAAAAAAAAAAAGAACAAGAAAGAAAAAACUCAAAUAGCACAGGAAGUAAUCGAGUUUGAAUAAGAAAUUUAUUUUAUAUUUCUAUUUGUUUUUUUGUUAAACAUCCUUUCCUCUUUAACUCUCAACUAUUUGGUUAAUUUUGAUCAUUAAAAAUUGAUAGGCACCAUUUUAGACAAAAAUCCUCUCAUCAUUUCCUCUACAUUGGGUAUACCGUCUAUUCCAAAUCAAGCAAAACCCAGUUUCCAGUUUUCCCAAAUUUCUCCUUGUUGAAUUUCUCGGAUCUGAUUUCUGGGUGUCUGGUUUUUUCUCAAAGAUGGGGAGUUUGGGUGCGAUUUUCAAACACCCAGAUGAUAUUUACCCUCUUUUGAAGCUAAAAAUGGCUGCCAGAUACGCAGAAAAGCAGAUCCCACACGAGCCUCACUGGGCUUUUUGCUAUACCAUGCUUCACAAGGUUUCUCGCAGCUUUGCUCUCGUUAUUCAACAGCUCGGCACGGAGCUCCGGAACGCUGUAUGCAUAUUCUAUUUGGUUCUUCGAGCCCUUGAUACUGUUGAGGAUGACACAAGCAUAGCAACUGAAGUUAAAGUGCCAAUCCUGAUAGCUUUUCAUCGUCACAUAUAUGAUUCUGACUGGCAUUUUUCUUGUGGUACGAAGGACUACAAAGUUCUCAUGGAUCAGUUUCAUCAUGUUUCAACUGCUUUCCUUGAGCUUGGGAGAAGCUACCAGGAGGCAAUUGAGGACAUUACCAAAAGAAUGGGUGCGGGGAUGGCAAAGUUCAUUUGCAAGGAGGUGGAAACAGUGGAUGACUAUGAUGAAUAUUGCCACUAUGUGGCAGGACUUGUUGGAUUAGGCCUGUCCAAGCUCUUCCAAGCCUCUGAAUUGGAAGUUCUAAUUCCAGAUUCAGAUCAACUUUCCAACUCAAUGGGUUUAUUUCUUCAGAAAACAAAUAUUAUUCGGGAUUACCUGGAGGAUAUCAAUGAGAUACCAAAGUCACGCAUGUUCUGGCCGCGGCAGAUUUGGAGUAAAUAUGUUAACAAACUUGAGGACCUGAAAUAUGAGGAGAACUCAGUAAAGGCAGUCCAGUGUUUGAAUGACAUGGUCACUAAUGCUUUGCUACAUGUGGAGGAUUGCUUGAAGUAUAUGGCUGCUCUGCGAGAUCCUGCUAUCUUCAGAUUUUGUGCUAUACCACAAAUCAUGGCAAUCGGGACGCUGGCAUUAUGCUAUAACAACAUUGAAGUCUUCAGAGGUGUGGUGAAAAUGAGGCGUGGUCUCACUGCUAAAGUCAUCCAUCAAACAAAGACAAUGACGGAUGUUUAUGGUGCUUUCUAUGAUUUUUCUCUCAUGCUGAAAAUGAAGGUUGACAAGAAUGAUCCUAACUCAGCAAAAACCUUUAACAGACUGCAAGCUAUCCAGAAGGCAUGCAAGGACUCGGGAGUGUUAAACAAAAGGAAAUCUUACAUUCAGAAUGAGCAAAGAUACAACUCCGCUCUGAUUGUCAUACUUGUUAUAGCGGCCAUCAUUUUUGCAUAUCUCUCAGCCAAUCGACCAGACAUCAACUGAUUACCCUGUUGCUUGAUUGUUUUUACUCAUCUGAGUGGAUGAUGCCCUGUUAAUUCGUUUUCAGCUUUUUCAUGUUUGCUUCAGUGAUAUUGUUUAUGGCUCGGUAUCUAUCGGAUCAUACAAUUCUGUUGUCCUUGCUUUUGUGGCAUUGAAGGAGAAAGAAACUAAGCCAAAGCUUUUUUGUAAAGCAAAUAAAACUGUUUAAAAUUUUAAUAUCAUAUGCUAAAUUUCACAUCAA